AUGAACUCAAACUGUAUUGCGGGGUGUUUAGAUGCUGAAGCCCCGGUGAAGGUAAUUAGGUUUGCGAAGCUCUUGCAAUGGGCGGAAGCAGACGCAGAGUUCUUGAAAAGGGUAAGCAUGAAAGAGAAGAGAGAGACGCAGACGGGUCGCUCUCCAUUAAUCAACUCUCAAAGUAGUGAUCCUGUCGGCCAUGAGAGCUAUGCCUCAAGCCCCAGGCAGAGAUACCUCAGAAGCUACACGUUCCGACGUAAGAAAGAGACGGUUGCCGACAAAACAAAGAAGUGGUUGAAGGCGGUGAACACCGAAUCUAAGCGCAGGUCUGAUAUUAGUGGAUCUUGUUCUUUUCUUAAAGGCGUUUUCAAGUUCUUGCUUGUCUGUGUCAUCGAAGUUGAUGUUCAUGAGCAUUGA